AUGGCCAAGCCGACAUUAGAAGGUCUCCCAACGGAGCUGCUCAUUCUUAUCUUGCUCGAAAUACCCGAUCUGGCUUCUCUCAAGUCUAUCGUGCUUUCAUCACCAAUAUUUCACCAAGCCUACCUUCCUGUGCGACAGGAAGCUCUCUGUGGCAUUGUCAAGAAUCGUACUCACAAGCACGAAGCAAUUGCGUUGUUAGACACCUGGCGCCGCAAAGAAGAGAUCAGGGACCUUGCAUUGGGCUCAUCCGUUCCAAUAGAUGAGCCCGACAACCUGGAAGAGAUCUUUCACCUACUCUAUCUUCAUAAGGUGUUCCGUUUCUUUCUGGACGAUUAUGCGAAGAACGCGCCGCGGCCCCCAUGGAUGGAAAAUGAGGAAUGGGAAACCUCAGUCAUUCCCAUUAAGUUGUCUCAAACUGAAAAGCACCGGUUUCUCAGAGCUUUAUGUCGACUUCAAACCUAUGAGCAUAUCUUUGGAUUCCCUGAACGCCCGAAUAGGGACAUUUGGAUCGACAACGAUUGGAACACAAAGCAGAAAUCUAGCUCUUCUAUGUCUCCCAAUGAAGAGGCAUAUCGCGUGUUCUUUGGUACGAUGCCUCCUUGGGAAUACCACGAAAUGGGGUGUGUAUGGACCUACUUCAAGACGUUGUUCGAACCUAUUUACAAGGAAAUGACUGCCGACCUGCAUGACCUUAUGGAGAAGCACAUGAGCAAAGAUGAUCCUCUCUAUGAAUUUUUCGAAUUUCUACCGGAAGAGGUUAUGCCUCCCUGGGGUAAUUUACAGUCUCUCCAUGAUCUUGAGGAUCUUCCGUAUCGGUCAAAGUCACUUGCUACAAUGGGACCAGACUUUGUCUACCGCCUUCUUCAUGGGACACCCGUGAUUCGGCGCGAUAUGGUGAUGCUUAAUGCAUUGCUUGGCGAAUUGAGCAAUUUCCCUCCUGUAUGGCUGGAGGAGGAGCAGAAGCUUCCUUUUCUUUAUCCUGCAGAUCGACAUGCAGUUCGAGAUUAUGAGAAGUUUUGGUCGACAUUGCCGUCUAUCGAGCAGCCUAAUCUUGGGUGGAAAAGAUUGUAUUUGCUGCCUACGCCUCAGACACCGGUGGAAACACUUGAAGAGGUGGUUGAUAUGCAAGGUGAAGAUGGAGGUAUAUGGUGCUGGGGAGCAGCUAUAUUUGAUGAUGAAAGAUUGACUGCAUGGAAAGCACCUUUAUCGGAAUACCGUUCAGGUCAAUUCCCUGUAAUUCCAGUUUAG